AUGUCGAGGCGGCUGGCCCACAAGCAAAGUCAUGCUGGUCUCGACAAGCUGCUACUACUGCCUGGCUCGAAGUCAAGGGCGAGUAAAGCUGGGGACCCUCAGAAAACACUCAAGGCGCUGCGCAAGACUGUACUCCUCGAGGGACUGCCGGACGAUGAAGAUGUUCUCACGAGAACGCGACCGCUCACAUGGAAGCUGUUUCUGGGCUUGACCGGCUCGUUGUCGGUGUCGCAAUACAUCGAGCUUGUCUCGCGCGGCGCUUCACCCGCGUCCGAGAAGAUCAGGAAUGACACGUUUCGCACACUAGCUACAGACAAUGCGUUCAAGGAGCGCGUGAGCGAAGAGAUGCUCGUCCGACUGCUCGACGCCUUCGUUUGGCACGCGCACGAUGCACCGCCCAACGAAUUGCAGUUCAAUUAUGUGCAGGGCAUGAACGUCCUCGCUGCGCCAUUCCUAUAUACGAUGCCGUCAGAAAUUGAAGCCUACAAAUGCUUCACCAAUUUCAUCCAAGUCAGAUGUCCGCUCUACGUCCAACCGACGCUCGAAGGCGUCCAUCGUGGUCUGGAGCUGCUGGACAAAUGUCUGGCUAUACUUGACUCCGAGCUGUUCGCUCACCUCGCAACCAAGCGACUGUCAGCAGAGCUCUACGCAUUUCCUUCUGUAAUGACAUUCUGCGCGUGCACUCCUCCACUCAAUCAGGUUUUGCAUCUCUGGGACUUCCUACUCGCCUACGGAUGUCACCUCAACAUCCUCUGCGUCAUCGCACAGCUAUGGCAGAUCAGAGACGAGCUUCUUGCUCAUUCCAGUCCUAUGAAGAUGUUGAGGACGUUUCCUCCGCUCGAUGCAAGACAGUGCAUCAUGCUCGCUUGCAAGUUCGUAGCGGAUCUACCCGAGGAGCUCUAUGAUCAGCUCGCUCGACACCCUUGGGAUCCGACUGCGACUUAG